UUGAAGGAAGAUUAGAAAUUAUUGAAAAAAAUAUGAAAAAGAAUCAAGAUAGUUUAAAGGCAACUAAGGGUUCUGUAACUAAAGUGCGUAAUUUCUUAAAUAAGUUUAAUAAAGAUGUUCAGACAAAAUUUGGAAAAUUUGAAAAUUUGAGAGGCAAUACUGAAGAUAAAGAGGAAGAAAAAUUUGAAAAUAGUUCAGUUGAUGGAUCAAAUGAAACGAAUGAUUUGGUAAAUAUCGAAGAAAAUUACCAGGAAAUAAUGACUAUGGACCCGUUCUUAGGGAAUGGAGCAUUUGUAGGUUCUUGA